ACGGCCCCUCGAUCUUCUCAGCAUCACUGCACUUGCGCGGCCCUUCCCUCAUGGUGGCGUUGCUGGAACCUUCGAUACACGAGGUGGAAUUCUGGUCUUCAUCGUGUUCCGCUGAAAAUAAUAAAUCCAGGUAUCGCGAUAGAAGGAACAAGGGUCCUAAGGUAAUACAACUCCGCCGACACAUGUUGUUGUCCAAUGGCGUUGCAGACCCUGGAACUAGGACGGUCUGGUUCGAUGCUGGGAACCUAGUUGUUGGGCACGUCGGACAAGUAGCGCAAUUUGAUCAAGAACCCAUAUAUUCUAUUGUUCUGAUUCUGGCAUUUGUGAAACGACAUCUCCCCGGUCCUCCCGGACGGCCUGACGUUGCCCAAGAAGACCGCUUCCUUGAUUUGUGUAGCAUGUACUCAAGCAGUUGCGUUCGUAAGCGUGGAAGGGGCGCAAAAUGCUUUAGCCUCCAGACCGACCUGCUAUGGGCGGUUGCAAUUUUGUCGGUGAAAUCCGAUGAUGGAAUUUCAGGUGAAGUUGAAGUACGAAGAACACAUUAUUCAUGAGGGAUCAGUAUGCGGACUAUCAACUACGGAUCUUGGCUCAAAUAUCGACAGAUUCCCAACACGCCUUCCAGGCGUCCCACUGCGUCUGUUCACCUCCUUCUGUCACAGCCCUUGAGACAUCCUCGUAUACAUCGAGACUUGUUUCCGUUAACCAUUGUUAUCAAUGAUGGACGACGGGUCCAAAGUUGAUUCAUCUGAAUCUUCGGACGUAGCGUCGCAAGCGCAAUCUCGAACGUGCCCCGUCUGCGAGCAACCAAUUGCGUGGCGCUUGCUAGGUGAUCCCGUCCAUGUCUGCUAUACCCAAACGAUCACCCAGACGGUCCACUACAUCAGGUACAACCCAUUAGAUUCUCCUGCGGCUGAACGGGCCCGAAUAGAACGGUCCUGUGUGGACAGACCACCAAGUAGUUUCGUGUGGCUCCAGAGUAAAUCACAGGUCGGUGAGGGGACUGGAGAAUCCGGGCGGUGAGGAUGGAUCGACGAAAACACUCCGACGCCUUCGGAGGUGCAGCUCUUACCUUCGAAAACCACACACCGCUUUGUAUCUGCUGUUGAUGUUUUGUUGCUUGUUUUCAACCUACUCUCUAGCUACCACACGCUCGUUAUUUCGGACCAUUCGUAACUCUCUCGUACCUUUGAAUGCUACGUCAUUUCUCACCUCC